AUGACAGCAACAAAUAAUAUAGACAAAGUCAAAACUUAUUUAUUAGCUGCAAGUGGACGACGAACUAUACGAAAUACACCAUGGAUAGAUGAUAUACCAUCGGAAAGUUUUACUUUACCGAAAUAUGAGGUUGAAGCUCUUGAUAAAGUCAAACGUGAAAAUACUGUAGUCUGUUUACAUAGUAAUACAUCGAAAAAUUUUCUCAUUAUAAAUGUCAUACGAGAAUAUUCUUAUGGUAUUAAGCAAAAUUUGGAACAAGGCGGUCAACGUAUUAUUUGUCUUACUAUGGAACAAGAUCCUGUUGCAUUAGCUGAAAUGAUUCAUCGUCAUUUACCAGUUGAUGUUGGUUCAUUCGGUAUUGAACAUGGUGUAUUACUAUGGAAAAAAGAACAAUGGCACCAAGAAAUGCAAAUACGUUCUGUAUUUGUUAUGCAUCCAACUGUUUUUCAUGAAUUACUUAAUCGAAAUUAUAUAGAAUUUUCACAUAUUAAACUGUUAAUUCUCGAUGAAUGUCAUCAAGCUAUUCGUGAUCAUGCAUAUGGAUCAAUUAUAAAACAAUAUAAAAAUCUCUGGGAUCAAAAAGAUAAUAACAUUCCAUUACCUCGACUUUUUUCAAUAACAACUGCUUUACUUAAAACUUAUUGUACAUCAGUUCAAUUGGAAGAACGUAUUGAAAAUUUACAUAAUUUUUUUUGUUCAACUAUUUUUACUGCAACAGAUCUUAUUUGUCGUCAAUCAAAUCGUUUAUCAAAAAUACCAAAAGAAACAAUUGUUAUUUGUGAAAAAAAUAAUCAACAACAACCGGAAAUUACAAUUGAAAUAAUACGAGAAAUUCAUGCAGCACUUGCUUAUUUAAAUAAAUUAGAAGCACCACAAAUUUCAUCUUCAACUAAUUCCGAUGAGAAUUCAUCACCAUUAACAAUUCCUCGUCAAGUUCUUACUGAAUGUUUACGUCUAGUCGAUAAAUUAGGCAUUUGGGCAUUACUUCGUUCUUCAUUACCAAUAAUAACUCAAUUAGAACGUCUUUCAAGUAUUGCUGUUGAACAAAGUUCUGCUUCAUUUUCCUCAAAUUCUUCUUCAUCAUUAUCAUCAUCUCAUCUUUCUCUCACAUCACCACGUGCAUACUCAUUAUUUCUUGAUUGGAUUUGUACAUUACUUCGUUUUUGGAGAUCACGUAUUAAAACAGUCAUUGAAACACUUGAUUCUCAAACAUUAAUUGAACAAUAUACAACAUCAAAAUUACGUUCAUUAUUUGAUAUAUUAAAACGUUUUCAAUCCGAUGCAACAAGUACAGUCUAUCGUCGAUGGUCAGCUUUAAUAUUUGUUGAUCGUAAACAAGAAACAGCUGUACUUAAUGCAAUAUUAAAAGAUGCAGCAAAACGUUUUGCUGAUGAAUAUUCAUUUAUUCGACCGAAUUUUUUAAUUGGAUAUUCAACAAUGCAAACAACAGAUGAUCUAUCUACUAGUCAACAUAUACAGCCGAUGGAUAGUCGAAAACAAGAAGAAGUUAUGCGUAAAUUUCGUCUUGGAGAAAAUAAUAUUAUUGUCGCAUUAAGUUCUCUUGAAGAAUUAAAAGAUAUUCCAGAUUGUAAUCUAGUUAUUCGAUUUGAUGUUCCAACGAAUUAUCGAUCAUAUGUACAAUCAAAAAGCAAAGCACGAGCUCAAUUACCACAUUUUUUUAUGCUUGCUGAACAAGAUGAAUAUGAUGCAUUUUUAACAAAUCUUAAUUCUUUUAAAGGCAUUGAACAAGUUUUAACAAAAGAAUUUCACGAAAUUAAUAAUCCUCUUCCAUCAAUAACCAUCGAUCGUGAUAGAUCACCCAAUGCUAUUGAAGUCAUCAAUAGAUAUUGUGCUCGACUUCCAUGUGAUGCAUUAACAACAUUAGUACCAUCAUGUGAAAUACAAAAACUUGAUCAAAAUCAAUAUCAAUGUACCCUUUCAUUACCUGUGAAUUCACCUGCAAGAACAACUAUUACUGGACCGAUUCGUUCAACAAUAAAACAAGCAAAACUUUCAUCAGCUAAACGUCUUUGUGAACAUCUGUUACAAGCAGGUGAAUUAAAUGAACAUUUAUUACCUGAAACUCGUGAACAAUUUUAUCUUCGUCAUUCUAUUAUUGACGAUAAUGAUAUUGCUGAAUGGGGUUCAUAUGUUGAACCAAAUCCAAAACCUGGAUCAGUUCAACGUAAACAACUCUAUUCUAAAGCUAUAAUGCCUGAACCAAUCACUACGAAUAAUUCAUCUGAUUUUUUUGUAUAUUGUAUAAAUGGUGAAUUAACAACGCCAUUAACUCAAACAAAUGAACAACAAAAACCAACAAAUAUUUAUACAAAUUCAUCGAAUCCAAAUCGAAUCGGUCUUUUAUCCGCAAAUUAUCUUCUUGAAAUUCCAGCAUUUUCAUUAUUUUCACGUGCUGGUGAAGAAACUUAUAAUCUCGAUAUGAUUAUGAAAAAUGUACAUUUUAAAUCAGAUGAAUAUCGAAUGUUACAAACCGUUCAUUAUUAUUUACUUUCAUCUAUACUUGGUUUUGAUCGUCCAUUAGUUAAUUUCAAUCCUGAACAAACCCAAUCACAUUUAAUUAUAAUUUUAUUAAAAAAAGAUUCAUCAGGUUCAUAUACAAUCGAUUGGCAAUUAACAAAAGAUAUUAUAUCAUUUAUUCAAUCAAUGUAUUUACAACAAUAUACAUUUGAGAAUCCAUAUGUAUUCAAUGCAAAUGAUUUUAAUCAAACAUGUAUUGUUUUACCAUCAUACCGCCGUUCAACUCAACCACAAUAUUAUAUUGUCAAUUCAAUUGAUAUGAAUAAAAAUCCGCUAUCACCAUUUCCAUCUAUAUCAACAAUAUAUGAUACAUUUUCAUCCUAUUACGAAAUAAAAUAUGAAUUACGUUUAACAAAUAAAACUCAACCAUUAUUAUGUGUAUCACAUACAUCACAUCGUAUGAAUCAAUUAAUUCCACGUUAUAUGAAUUUUAAAAUUAUGAAAUCAUCAUCAGCUGUAACAACAAAUCGUAAUACAAAUCGAACAAAUCAACAUACGAAAACAAAUGGUACAACACAUCAUCAUCAUCAUCACCAUCAUCAUCAAGGUGUAUUUUUAAUACCGGAAUUAGUUAUUAUACAUCCAAUAAAUGCACAAUUAUGGCAAGGAAUUAUAGCAUUACCUAGUAUGCUUUAUAGAAUUAAUUGUUUGAUAUUAGUGGAACAAUUAAGACGAACAGUUGCAUUACAAACAGGUGUUGGAGUUGCUUGGGCACCUGAAGAUGGACAAUUUGAUAAAUUAAGUUUUGAUUGGGAUGAAAAAAAAGAAGCACAAUUUUCAGCUUUAUUAGAUAAUAAUGAUGCAUUUUUUACUGAUGAACCAAUUGAUCCUAAUUGGAAUUUUGAAAUAAGUGUUUGGAAUGAAAAUGAUAUACAUAGUUGGACAAAUGAUUCAGCAUGGUUAGAAGCAAAAGAUCGUUGUAUUAUGAUCAAUGCUGUUGAUUUUCAAGAUCAUGAUUUUGAUGAUGAUACGGAUCUUGAGGAUGAUGAUGAAGAAGAAAAUCAUCAGCAUCCUUCUUCUACACAACAAAAUGGUCGAUCUACAUCAACUUGGUCAAAUACUCCACAAAAGAAAACAAAUGAAUCUUCAUCUUUAGAUGACGAUGAUGAUGAUGAUGACGAAGAAGAAGAAACUAAUAAAAAACCAAAUAAUAAAAAACAAGAAAAAAAAUCUGUAACAGAAACAAAAGUAGCAAAUUAUCAUAUUGAUUUAUCACGUUUACAUGAAGAUCUGAAAACGAAAUCAAAAAAAUUUCUUUCGAAAUUAAUGGCUAAUACUCAACCAUCGCUAAAUUCACUUCGACAUGAAGAUGUUGAUCUUUUUUCUUCCUAUGAAAUACCAACAACGAAUUCUAAAAAACAAGUUUUUGAACCAUCAAAUUAUUUAACUAAUGUUCAAAUUGAAGAACCAACACAAAUAUCUCAAACAUCAAUUUCUUCGCCUGUUAUUCAUUUUGAACCAACACCUUUAAUUAAACGUUUAUUAAAUAUAGAUGAAGUUUUACAUGAUGAUGAACAAAUUGAAGAAAAACAAGAAAUUAAACAUCCAUUACCAUCUAAAACAAAUAUAAUUACAUUAGAAAAUGGGCAUGAUAGUGGAAUAAUUGAUGAUUUUUCUGAACCAUUGAAUAUCAAUUUAGAUUUUGAAUAUUUACCUGAAUCUCAUCCUGGUCCAUCGCCAGCAUUACUUUUACAAGCUUUAACAUUAUCAAAUGCUGGAGAUGGUUUUGAUCUUGAACGUCUUGAAACAGUUGGUGAUUCAUUUCUUAAACAAGCCGUUACUGUUUAUAUAUUUUGUACAUAUACACAAGUACAUGAAGGAAAAUUAAGUUUUUUUCGUUCAAAAAUUGUUUCAAAUUAUAAUCUAUAUAAACUUGGUAAACGAAAAUCAUUAGGAGAAUAUUUAAUUAGUACGAAAUUUGAACCAUUUGAAAAUUGGAUUCCACCUCUCUUUACAUCGGGAUUACCAAAUGAAUAUGGUUUAUUAUCAAGUUCAGGAGUCGAAUUAUGGACAAAAUCUGAAUCAACAACUAAUGUUGAUUGGAUUGAAUUACAAGAACGUCGUGAACAAAGAAGAUUAGCAAAAAGUAAUUUACAAUCAUCACCAUCAAUUCCACCAACACCGUUAACAAUGUUGAAUAAUCAAGCAACACCAAUUUUUCCACCACCACCACCAAUAACAACACCAAUUAAUGAACAACAAUGGACACCGUCGUAUGAUCGACGUACUCAACAUUUAAUAUCUGAUAAAAGUAUUGCAGAUGCAGUUGAAGCAUUAAUUGGAGCUUAUUUAAUUGCAAGCGGACCAAAAGCUGCUCUACGAUUUAUGGCCUGGCUUGAAAUUCAAAUCUUUCCUAAAAUGAGACUCGACGAUGGAACAGAAAUGACUGGUGAACUUCCACCACUAUCCUCACCGGUUGAUUAUACCAAUCCAUCAGUACUAUCAACAAUACAAUCAUAUGAUUUUGAUCGUUUUGAACAAUUAAUUGGCUAUCGUUUUCAUCAACGUGCUUAUCUUAUUCAAGCAUUUACUCAUGCAUCAUAUUCUUAUAAUACAAUAACAGAUUGUUAUCAACGUUUAGAAUUUCUUGGUGAUGCUGUACUUGAUUAUGUUAUAACUCGUUAUUUAUAUGAACAUCCAAAACGUCAUUCACCCGGUGAAUUAACAGAUCUUCGUUCUGCUUUGGUCAAUAAUAAUAUAUUUGCAUAUAUAGCUGUUAAAUAUGAUUUUCAUAAAUAUUUUCGUUGUCAUUCCAAUGAAUUAUUUUUAUUAAUUGAUAAAUUUGUUCAAUCACAAAAAGAUAAAUCAUCAUGGUGUGGUUUUGAUGAAUGUAAUUUAGGUGAUGAUGAUGAUGAAAAUGAUGAAUUUUUUUAUUAUGAUUUUUUAACAUCAUCAGCAUCAAAUAAUAAAGAUACAUAUAGUAAUACAAUGUCAUGUGCAAUUGAUGAAGAACAUUUAUCAACUUCACAUGAUGAUGAACAAAAUGAUGAAACAACAAAUGAGCCCGAUGAAUGGGAAGAAACAGAAGUUCCAAAAUGUCUUGGUGAUAUAUUUGAAUCAGUUGCUGGUGCUAUAUUUCUUGAUUCAAAUAAAUCGUUUAAUACUGUAUGGAAAAUUUAUUAUCGAAUGUUAAAACCUUUUAUUGAAAAAUUUACAACUAAAGUACCAAAAUCACCUAUACGUGAAUUACUUGAACUUGAACCUGAAACAGUGGCUUUUGAAAAACCCGAACGUUUACUUGAUGGACGAAUACGUGUUACAGUUGAAAUAAUUGGUAAAGGACGUUUUAAAGGUGUUGGAAGAAAUUAUCGUAUAGCAAAGAAUGCAGCAGCUAAAUGUGCUUUAAAAAAUUUACGUCGUCUAGAUUAA